AUGAUAAUGAAAUGGACUGCUGACAGAGAUCUUGAUGCAUUUAGAAAAUAUUUUGAAGACCAGUGGUUAUUUUCAUUAUCAUUUUGGUAUGAAGGUAGUGCAAAUCUUAGUCCACCUAUUAAUAACGGUCUUGAAUCGUUGAAUGGUAAAAUCAAACAAAUGUACACAUUACGUAACAAACUGUCAUUGUCAUCGUUCUUACAAACAGCUGAACGUAUAUUAUAUGACUGGUCAUUAGCUAGCGUGAAUACACCAUUUGCUAUUCAAACUGAAUUUACUAAUGAUUUGGCAACUAGGGCAUAUCAAUGGUUACAAAAACUUGAUCGAACAAAAGUAUUACACGUAGGUGCAGCUAGUUAUGUUGUACCUUCUUCUGAGCCAAAAAUGGGUACAUCAUUAUGGGUACAAUAUUAUCAGAGCAUGUCUUGGAAUUCGUAUGGUGAAUUUACCGACUGGUUAAACUCUGCGCGUUUAGUUGAUUUUUCUAGUUUAACUCUACCAUUAUUUUGCUCAUGUAAAUAUGGCCUUAAAGAAUACUCUUGCGUUCAUUCAUUGGGCUUAAUAAUGAUGUGGGAUCAUCGUAAAGUUCCACAGGUACUUGGGAUAAGAAGGGGAAAAGGUCAUCCAAAGAAAGUUAAAUUAGCUUUAACAAAAGACUGA